AUGGGUGAUGAUUUAAUAACACUUUCACUUUGUGAACAUUCAAUCAUAACUGGUGGAACAUUUGGAUGGUGGACAGGUUAUCUUGCUAAUGGUGAAGUGAUCUAUGAUAAAGUAUAUCCAUCUGAAUGUGAAAGACGGGAAUAUUACUAUCCACCAUGGUUUCUGAUAGAUGGAAAGUUUAGAGCACGUAAAAAUAGCCACGUUUUAUUUACAUAUGCUUCACGUAAUGCAAUUAAUGAUUCCACUGAGCUCUCGCUCAAGCGACCUCUUUUCUCAUUAACAAUAACUCCACCGGCUGAAAAAUGUCUUUCUGAUUCAGCUGAUGAAGCUUGUAUAACCAAAAUACGUUUAGCAAUUAUCGAUAAAACUGGUAAUCAUCUUUCAUUAUUUUUCCAAAAUGCUAAAAUCUGGUAUCGUUGA